AUGCCUCCCAAGAAGGUCGCCGCUCCUAAGGAGAACAUCUCCCUGGGCCCCGCUGCCCGCGAUGGCGAGCUCGUCUUCGGCGUUGCUCGUAUCUUCGCCUCCUUCAACGACACCUUCGUCCACGUCACCGAUCUGUCCGGCCGUGAAACCAUCACCCGUGUCACCGGUGGAAUGAAGGUCAAGGCUGACCGUGACGAGUCCUCCCCCUACGCUGCCAUGUUGGCUGCCCAGGACGUCGCUGCCCGCUGCAAGGAGCUCGGCAUCAACGCCCUGCACAUCAAGAUCCGUGCCACCGGUGGUAACGGCACCAAGACCCCUGGCCCCGGUGCCCAGUCUGCUCUCCGUGCUCUGGCCCGUGCCGGCAUGAAGAUUGGCCGCAUUGAGGACGUCACUCCUACCCCCUCCGACUCUACCCGCAGAAAGGGUGGUCGCCGUGGUCGUCGUCUGUAA